AUGGAUUCAACCUCACCAUCCCAAUGGUCAUCUCUUCCAAGCGAUCUCUUGUUCAAUGUCGCCAACAUCCUCAACACUCGCAUUGAUUUGCUUUGUCUCCGUGCUGUUUGCAACUCAUGGCGUUCCUCUCUCCCUCUCCCUCCCAAACCCCCACUUCUCAAACUUCCUUUUCCAAUUGACCCCAAUAAUCCUAACCUCAAUCCUAACCGUCUUGGCUACUUUGCACUCAUUGAGACCAUUACUUACUCUCUCGAACCCAUCAACAAAGAGCCCAAAAGAACUUGGCUUAUUAAACUUCAAGAGUCAGAGUCUGGGAAUGUUAUUUUCAAAGACCCACUUGCUCGAUACCCUGUUGUUGGUACAAAUCGUUUGCCUAAAGUUUUGAACUUAUUGGAUUACAGAGUUAAGGAGAUAAGCAGAGGGUAUUAUGUUGAGUUUGUUGAGCAAGGUAAUACCCCUUUCCCUUCUAUUUUUGUUAAUGAAAUGAAGUCGUGUAUUUCUAUCAAGCAAGUUGCUGUUUCUUCGAGUUUUGAUAAAUUUGGUGAUGAUGGUUUUGUUGCUAUGGUAAUAUAUAAUGGUGGAAAACUGGCUUUGUGGAGAAUGGGAGAUAAGAAAUGGACUAACGUGAAUGAUAUUCAUGAAGGAUCUGUGUAUGAUAGUGUUGCUUAUCGUAAUGGGAAGUUUUAUGCUAUUGGUGUUAAUGGAUUAACCAUUAGAAUUGAUCCAGCGAAAACUUCGUUGGAGAUCAUGGAAGUUGCUUCAGCAAAGCCACUGUCUGGGUUUGGACAUGGUGAUAAGUUUAAGUACUUGGUCAUGUGGUUUUCGGAUUUGUUCUUAAUUGAGAAGUACCAUGAAGACCUUUUUUAUUGGUUAGAUUCGGAUGAUGAAGAUGAUUAUCAUAUCAAAUUUAAAAUUUACAAGAUGAAUGAAGAGGAGUGUGAUUGGAUUGAGGUGGGUGGAUUGAAAGAUGCUGUAUUGUUUCUUGGUGAUGGUUGUUCGUUCUUUGUUUGGGCUAAAGAUUUUGCUUGGUGGAAGGGGAAAUGUAUUUGUUUUCUUGAUUAUUUGUUCAUGGGAUCUGGUAGUGAUAGCCCAGGGUCUGAGGCUGGGAUUUUUGAUUUCGAGGAUGGUAUUUCUAGGAGGUUAUCCAAGUUUUCAAGCCGUUCAAAGCUUUUUUGGCCGCCGCCUACUUGGCUCAAGCAGUACCCGUAA